GUCUAGACCCGGCGACAAUACAGUGAACAUCGGUCCAUUGCUCCAAUUUCACCGUUAGACAUCGAGGGACGUCUUUUCGAAAUAUAUUCUCAGUCACGUGCUCCAAUUCAAGGAAUUUCGAUCGAUCGUCAUGCCGGCCGAACAGUACCUUGGAAAACGGUACAAGCUGUUCAGCAGCGAGAAUUUCGACGAAUUCAUGAAGGCACUCGGCGUAGGCUUAAUGACGCGUAAAAUGGGCAGCAGCGUAAGUCCUGUGGUUGAAUUGACGGAGAACAAUGGACUUUACACGUUAAAAACGACCAGUCCAUUCAAGAACUCCGAAAUAAAAUUCAAGCUGGGCGAAGAAUUCGACGAAGAAACGCCGGACGGCAGGAAGGUGAAGAGCGUCUGUACUCUGGAUGGAAAUAAACUCAUUCAAAUACAAAAAGGGGACAAACAAACCACGAUCGAAAGAGAAUUCACACCGGCUGAAAUGAAAGCGAUCAUGAAAGUUGACGAUAUUGUAUGCACGAGAGUGUACAAAGUUCAGGAAUAAAAGUAUCAUUUGAAGAAACACUGUUCUUCAGCGUCAACGAAUUACAAGUUGGCUGAAGUGUUGAAAAAAUGUUCUGAAGAAUCGAAACACGAUACAUUUGAUAAAUGUAAAGAAAAAAUUAAAAGAUGUAAACACACAAUGAUACGCACAAUCGUGUAAACGUUAAUAAUAUUAUUUUCAAGAGAAAACAUGUGCACGCAAUACUUGAAAACACGUAUCGUCGUGUAUUCGUACGUUAAAAAUUAUUAUAUAAUGUUUCCGAAAAUUUAUAUAUUUUUUACGCAUCGUUAGAUAUAGUUUAUAUAUUUGCUUUCAUUAAUAUUAUAUCCACGAUUGGAUAUGUUAAACGAGUUCAUAAGAGAUACGAAUAAUUUGGAAUGGCAGAGUUUGUAUGAAAGUAUUUUUCUUAUAUAAACGCAAUAAAAGUUACAAAAAUGAAUACAA